CGUCGGAUGUAUAUGAGCGCAGGCGGCGGGAUCUCUCUCUCCUUUUACCGCCAUCGGAGCGGAGUCUCUUUCUUCCCCGGGACCUCUUCACUGCGCAGCGCCGCCUCAGCAACCCAGCCUCCGGCCAGAGAGCGAAGCAUCACUUGAGACUCAGCUAAGAUGGCAGACAUCGACAACAAAGACCAGGCUGAGAUGGACCCGGCAGAUAUGGAGGACGUGGAAGAAGUCGAAGAGGAGGAGACGGGAGAAGAUGAAAACAGCAAAGCUCGUCAGCUGACUGUGCAAAUGAUGCAGAAUCCACAGAUCCUCGCAGCGCUGCAGGAGAGGCUGGAUGGUCUGAACGGCUCACCGUCGGGGUACAUUGAGAGUUUACCAAAGGUUGUAAAGAGACGUGUAAACGCCCUCAAGAACCUGCAGGUCAAAUGUGCUCAUAUUGAGGCAAAGUUCUACGAAGAAGUCCAUGAACUGGAGAGAAAGUACGCAGCGCUCUACCAGCCCCUAUUCGACAAAAGAAGUGACAUAGUGAAAGCAGCUUACGAACCAACAGAUGAGGAGUGUGAAUGGAAGGCAGACGAAGAGGAAGAGUUGACAGUAAGUAAGCAGGACGAGAUGAAGGAGAAGGCAAAGCUAGAGGAAGAGAAGAAAGACGAGGAGAAGGAAGACCCCAAAGGCAUCCCAGAGUUCUGGUUAACAGUUUUCAAAAACGUGGACCUGCUCAGUGACAUGCUGCAGGAACAUGAUGAACCCAUCCUUAAACAUUUACAAGAUAUUAAAGUAAAAUUCUCAGAUCCAGGACAGCCUAUGAGUUUUACGUUAGAGUUCCACUUUGAGCCCAAUGACUUCUUCACAAACACAGUGUUGACAAAAACCUACAAGAUGAGGUCGGAGCCAGACGAGAGCGACCCCUUCUCCUUCGACGGACCAGAGAUCAUGUGCUGCACAGGUUGCACGAUCGACUGGACGAAGGGCAAGAACGUCACGUUGAAAACAAUCAAGAAGAAACAGAAGCACAAGGGCCGCGGCACGGUGAGGACGGUCACCAAAACAGUCCCCAACGACUCCUUCUUCAACUUCUUCACCCCACCAGAAGUUCCAGAAAAUGGAGAGUUGGAUGAGGACUCGGAGGCGGUCCUGGCUGCAGACUUUGAAAUCGGCCACUUCAUCCGUGAGCGAAUCGUUCCCCGGGCUGUGCUCUACUUCACAGGAGAAGCCAUCGAGGACGACGACGACGAUUAUGAUGAAGAGGGAGAAGAGGCAGAUGAUGAGGAAGGUGAGGAAGAGGCUGACGAGGAGAACGACCCCGACUAUGAUCCCAAGGUUUAAGUGGUGACAGUAGAAAAAUAACCCUAUCCUGAAGGAUGCAGCCCCCCCAGCUGAGUGUAAGCAGCAGUGAAGCCCGGCCCGGCUGCCUUGAGGAUCAACUGCACUGUAACGGCUUCAAAAACUUAAACAAAACAAAACAAAAAAAGAUUAAAAAAAAAAAUAGUUACUUACCGCCUUAUAAUGUUUUGUAUUUUUCUUGGUAGAGAAUUUGAAGAAAAAAAAAGUUUCAAGAUUUUUGUUACAAAAACUCAUGGUAAUAUACUGGGAGCUGUGUUGCUCAUUAUACAUAGUAUUUUACUAGACCUGUUUUUUCCUUCUCUUCCUCCUUCUCUGUACGAUAUCUAGAUAGACUACAGGAAAAAAAAUCUCCCUUGAACAGCAUGAACUUGUUUCUUCACUGCUAAAAAACUAGUUUGGGUUCUUGUGAAGUCUUUUGUUGUAUUUGCUCUUAGACAACAGCUGUGGUUUAGACUGCACAUCUCGUCGAUUUCUAAUAAUCCCAGCCCUCUUCUCCUCCUCCUACCAAAGCUCCGGAUUGGUCCAUUCUGGUUGUUUUUUAACUCUUAGUGGGGCCUUUAGCACUUGUAAAAGCACUGUAGCAUUUCCAGGUGGAGCGCCGGAGCAGAGACGGACGUAUGGCGAGCAGCCGGGUGUCUAUUCCACUAUCUAAUCUUGCUGAGCAUGGGAUCUGGAGUUGGCGUUUUCCCUGCGCCACUUGUGCUCAAAUACUUUCCGCUCUUGAUACAUUCCAGUAAGCAGGCUGGCUGGCAGCGUCGGUUUGGCUCCUCUUCUCCAUAACUGGACGUUUGAAUUGACAGAAAGUGGAUUUAUCGCUCCCAGGGCUUCGGUUAAGCCCAGUCAAGUCUCUUUAACAUUCCAGGGGAUGCUAAAAACGUAGAAAAGGGACGGCGAUACGAUAAAUCAGUGCUUCAGGCUCCUCGUAGGCUCGCAGUGGCGUCGCUGUCGUCUUUUAUAGCACUUUGUACUAGCAUGUGGUGUACCAGUGGCGUCCUGUCAUCGGUUAGCUGUCUGAGUAUUCCUUGUGAGCAGCACUUUUGUUUCACGCCCCCGUGUGUAACAAAAAGGGGGGGCGGUGCUGUAACGGCGCUCUGUGGAGAGUCCAACUUGUGCUAACUGGUUCUGAAGCAGUGUCUUCACCUGGUGUGGCACACUUGGCCUGUUCAGAGAGGCUUAGGGCAGAUGUAGCACAGCAAAGAUGAGGAAAUACACACCCCCCAAACCCCUUUUUCUUAUCAGUUUACCUCUUGUGUCGUUGAUGUGACUCACAGACCCCCGAGGUCUCACUCCAUUAUGAAUCACUGUGAAAGAAACCGAGGGGAUGUGUGAUAAGGCCGCCGUGUCGGCCAAUGACCCACCACCCUCCUUAACUUCCAUAACCCUGUUCCUUUGUUACCCAGAAGGCCACAGAGAAGCAUGUCAGAGCAAUACUUAACGCCAGGAGGGGCACCGAGAAGAAACCGUAGCCCGCCCUCCUCCCUCCCUGUCCAUCCUUCAAUGCCUUUUUGAUUUUAAGUCGUGAACGCAGCCCAGUGUCGGCUGUCCACUGUGGAGAGCAGGGUACUUCUCAUUCUGCAGGGAGUAUUCACAUCACGUUCAGCAGGAAAAAAUAGGACGCGAGAGGGUUUCUGUAGGGUCCUUCUGAGCAGCUGUUGUCAAGGCAAAAUGCUAUGCUACAAAAAUACUAAUGUACUCAAUAACUGUACGUGUAUGUUCAUGAAUAAAUUGGUUAAACAUG